UUUUAGAAUGUAAUACCUAUUGCUGUCAUUUUAUAACAAAUAUCUUGGCUUUAAUUUUGCGCUCAUUCAAAAUAACUAUCGAUAGGCCACCCUCGAAUAUCGAUAACAGCAAAGAAUGCAGGGAAUCGUUAGUGUCCAGCUCUAAGCAACAACAACUCUAGUGAAAAGUCGGCAGAGAAAUGCAACGCCAAAUUAACUAAAUUUGUAGCGAAAAACAACACAUAAGCCCACAAAAGGCACACACAACAAAGCCACAGAAUAUCGGCCGAGAACAUCAGGAAACGAGCUGACAAAACUAUUUAGCGAUUAUCGGCGGCUGGCGAACUUUAAAUGGCCAAUGGCAAUGGGAACAAUAUCAAUACGGACGAUGCUGCUGCUGCUGCUGCGGCGGCGGCUGCAACGGCAACAGCACAAGAGCAACAGCACCUGACCGGCGACGGCAGUGGAGCCUGCGGCGAUGUUAAGCUGCCGGCAAGCGCGCGCGCUAGCAACGUCAAUGAUUUGGUCGCAGACUUGUGGCUCAAUGGCAGCGCGAGCAGCAGCAGUCGCGGCGACUACACAAAUAUCCGGGCCACAACUGGCGCAGCAGCAGCAACAGCGAGCGCAGCGAACGCAACGGCAACAACAAGUGCGACGCUCAGUUCGAAUGUUGGCUCUUCCACCUCCACAUCUACGUUUUCCUUUAAGCACUUUCUCAAUAGCAGCGGCACAAUAAUAGCGCCAAGCAGCACAGUAACAUCCCUGGAUCCAGCGGUCGGCCCGAGCAGCAACAGUGCCGGCGGCUGCAGCAACAGCAACACAAGUGUUACGGCGCCGGCAACGUCAACGUCGCUGCAAACGUCGACGGGCGCAAGGCCGAAAGUGCCGCAAUCGGCGUCAGUUAGCCACAUGCAGCCGGAUUUGAAUGGCAGCGCCGCCUCCAAAAUGAAACGUUCGCCGCGUUUCAGUUCCUUUGACUCGCAGGCGAGUCUGGCCGAGUAUGCGGCAUGUAGCGGCGGCACAGGCACCGGCGGCAGCUCCAGUUCCGGCACUCGACUACGGCCGGAUCUGCGUCUCGAGGUGGAACGCAGUGGUGUUAUGUUGGACUGUGACGACGACUACGAUCAUGUGGGCCUGGCCCAAGUUCGAAACAGUCGCCUCUACGAUGAGCGUGCCGAUGAUGACAUAUUUCCGUCGGCAGCCUCGAAUUUGCAUGCAUCGGCAAGCAGCUCGCGUUACGUGCCGCGCUCCUAUUCCAGCUAUGAUAUGCCGCCGCAGGCUGCUUGCGCCGCAGCAUCGCCCCGUCGUCGCGCUGCGCUGCGUCCGAACCGAUUGGUUCUGGCUUCGGCUGCCAAAAUGAAGCUCGAUCUGCCGCUGGACGCGUCAAACGUGGCUGGCGCCGCAUCGGCUCUGCCAGACUUUGUGCAGGAUCAUUUGCCGGACGCCUGGUGCCAGGAGGCGCAUCUCAGUUCGCCGCCCAAUUCGCCACUGGGCGCUGCGGAGGCGCCCAGCUGCAGCGGUGCUAUGGGCGGCGGAUCCCUGCUAUUGCCAGCCGCCGUGGCCGCUGGCCUACCCAGCGUCUCGACGCUGUCAGCGCCUGGCGGCGAGGCAGCUGGCUCGACGGGUAAAAUGCUGCCCGAUUUUCUGUCCGACGGCCCCAUCCUGCACUCGUCCCAGCGUCUGGCAGAUGUGGCUAUUGGGUUGCCCUCGAAUUCCAUAGACUCGCCGCCGCAGGAGGCCGAUGCAGGCACGUCCACGCUGCGCCAGGAGAACGAGCGACUGCAACGCGAGCUGCAGGAGACCCGUGUCGAGCUGAAUGUUCAAACGCGUCGCGCACAGGAGUUCGAGCAGCAGCUGCUGGCACUGGCCGAUGCGCGACGGCGCGAAACACUGGCAGCCACGGCCCAGAUACAAACUACGCAACGUCUGCGACGUCAAGUGGCACAGCUGGAGGCGGAGCUUUUUGAGCUGCGCGGCAGCACUGAUCCGGUGUCGGGUGGUGCAGCAGCCGCAGCCGCAGCCGGUGGGGCUUCGGUAAUGACGCCGGGCAGCAGCCACAGCAGCAGCAGCAACACAUCGCGUCCGUCCAGAACGCAUCAAUUGUCGCGCGAUUUGCUGCGCGCCGCCGACAAUGCAGAGCAGAAUUUGAGGCAAUUACUGGCAGGCGUGGAUAAUCUACGCCAAAUGGCUGCCAGCCUGGAACAGCCAACGGCGCCAGCGGCCACGCCCCGUAGCCCCAACUCGGACUCGUACACCGACUUUAAUUAGGCGAGGAGGCUUGUUUUGGGUGCAGUUGUUGUUGAUGCUGUGUGUGCUUUUUACUCAAAUUGAUUCAGUUUUGUUAUUUGUAAGCCGCCCAACCUACGCCACCUAGCGCUUGUUUUUAGCAACCGAAAACCCUUUUAUAUCGAGCUAUAUAUAUUCA